UCACAGUGUAAAACAAAUUAAUUAACAGAGUUAAGAAGAAGACAUGGGUGCCGCAACAAAGUUUUCGUUAUUGCUGGUAUGCCUCUUGGCAGGGACAAUGUCCCCGGUGAAGGGCGAAGACCCUUACUUCUAUUUCACAUGGAACGUCACGUACGGUACUCUCUCUCCUGCGGGUGUGCCCCAGCAGGUUAUUCUCAUCAACGGUGAAUUCCCGGGACCCAACAUCAACUCCACCAGCAAUAAUAACAUCGUCGUCAAUGUCUUCAACAACCUCGACGAGCCCUUCCUUUUCCAUUGGGCGGGUAUCCAACAGAGGAAGAACUCAUGGCAAGACGGUGUGGCGGGGACAAACUGCCCUAUUAUGCCUGGCAUGAACUUCACGUAUCACUACCAAGUGAAGGAUCAAAUCGGAAGCUACUUCUACUACCCAAGCUUGGGCAUGCAACGCGCCGCCGGAGGCUUCGGUGGGCUCCGCGUGAACAGCCGUCUGCUGAUCCCAGUGCCCUACGCGGAUCCCGAGGACGACUACACCGUCCUGAUCGGGGACUGGUACACCAAGAGCCACUCCACAUUGAGCAAGUUCCUGGACAGCGGACGGGCCUUGGGCCGCCCACAGGCCGUGCUGGUGAACGGGCAGAACGCUAAAGGCGACGGCACCGACAAGCCUCUCUUCACCAUGAAGGCCGGAAAGACCUACAAGUACCGCAUCUGCAACGUGGGCCUGAAGAACUCACUGAACUUCCGCAUCCAGAACCACCCCAUGAAGCUGGUGGAACUGGAAGGGUCCCACACCGUGCAGAACACCUACGACUCCCUCGACGUCCACUUGGGGCAGUGCUUCGGAGUCCUCGUCACCGCGGACCAGGAGGCCAAAGACUACUACAUGGUUGCCUCCACGCGCUUCACCAAAACCGUCAUCACCGGCAAGGGCAUCAUCCGCUACGAAAACGGCAAGGGCCCCGCCAGCCCCGAGAUCGCCGAGGCCCCCGUGGGCUGGGCCUGGUCCCUCAACCAGUUCCGCUCCUUCCGCUGGAACUUGACCGCCAGCGCCGCCAGGCCCAACCCCCAGGGCUCAUACCACUACGGCCAGAUCAACAUCACCCGCACCGUCAAGCUCAUUAACUCCGUCAGCAGGGACAACGGCAAACUCCGCUACGCUCUUAACGGCGUUUCCCACACCGAGGCUGAAACCCCCCUCAAGCUCGCUGAAUACUACGGCAUCGGUGACAAGGUCUUCAAGUACGACACCAUCUCCGAUAACCCCUCCGCCGACGUUGGCAACUCCAUCACCAUCCAGCCCAAUGUUAUCAAAUUCGAAUACCGCACCUUCAUCGAAAUCAUCUUCGAGAACCACGAGAAGAGCGUCCAGUCCUACAAUCUCAACGGUUACUCCUUCUUCGCUGUCGCGAUUGAGCCUGGGACUUGGACUCCAGAGAAGAGGAAGAACUACAACCUUCUCGAUGGUGUGAGCAGACACACCAUUCCCGUGUUCCCAAAAUCGUGGGCUGCUAUCAUGCUGACAUUCGACAACGUUGGAGUUUGGAACUUGAGGUCUGAGCUGGCUGAGAAUCGCUACCUGGGACAGCAACUCUACAUCAGUGUUCCCACUCCUGAACGUUCUCUGAGGGAUGAGUACAACAUUCCCGAGAAUGCAUUGAUCUGUGGCGCUGUGAAGGGCCUGCCAAAGCCUGCUCCAUAUACCUAGGUCAUGUAUGACAUCAAGAACGGAGAGCCUCCAAAGCUUGUUCGAGUUCGUAAUAUGGAAAAGUAGAGAAGAAUAACAUAGGGCGUCAUCGGAUUCGUUGGCCGGUUUCUGGUCAACUGGUUAGAAAUAUAUGCAUUUCAAUUAUUUUGCUCUUUUUCUCAAUUUGUUUAUUGUGGGUGCACGCCUCCUACCUUUUUAAUUUAGAUAAAAACAAAAUAUUGUACUCCUUUUAAGUAUUAAACUAUAUGGUUGAUUUCCAUAUUA